CCGGAAGCGGCUGAGGCGACCGGGCUGGGCGGCUUAGGUCGCCUGUCGCUGGGUCCCGGGCCCCUGAGGCGAGGCUUAAGUGGCUCCUCCCGCCGCAACCGGCCGAGCAGCGACAUGGAAGCCGAGGACUUCCAAGACGAGCUGACCUGCUCCAUCUGCCUGGAUUAUUUUGAGGACCCAGUCUCCAUCGAGUGCGGGCACAACUUCUGCCGUCGCUGCCUGAGCCGCAGCUGGACGCCGAGUGGCGGCUGCUUCCUCUGUCCCGAGUGCCGGCAGCCGUCAGCGCCCGGCGCGAUGCGGCCAAACUGGGCCCUGGCCAGGAUGACGGAAAAGAGGCGGCGCCGGCACCAGGGCCCAGCGCCUCAGAACCUGUGCAGCCGCCACCGGGAACCGCUGCGGCUCUUCUGCGAGGUCGACCAGCGGCCUGUGUGCUUGGUCUGCAGGGAGUCCCGGGAGCACCGGGCCCACGCCAUGGCUCCCAUCGACGAGGCCUUUCAGAACUACCGGGAGAAACUUCGUAGUUCUGAAUGUAGUCUUAGAGUCAAGAUGAAGACAAUUGUGCAGUUACAGGAAACAGAACUGAAGAAUGCUACAAAGUGGAAGGAAAAGAUAAAGAAUCAGCAAAUGAGAAUCAGCACGGAAUUUUCAAAGCUACACCACUUCCUGGCUGAUGAAGAGCAACUGAUUCUUCAGAGACUAAGAGAAGAAGAAGAAGAAACACAGAAGAAAAUGAAUGAGAACAUGUUAAUGCUCAAUCAAAUGAUCACUUCCAUGAAGAAGCUCAUCUUAGAAGUGGGAGAGAAAAGCCAGGCCUCCAGCCUGGAGUUGCUCCAGAAUCCAAAAGAUGUGCUGAUCAGGUGUGAAAACCAAGAAGAUGUGAACUAUUCCCCUGAAGUUCUAAAUGUGAAGACUGUGUGCCAGAUACCAAUGAUGAAGGAAAUGCUGAAGAGAUUCCAAGUGGCUGUAAGCCUAGCUGAAGACACAGCUCAUCCCAAACUUAUCAUCUCCCAGGAAGGGAGAUAUGUGAAAAAUGGAGCACCGGCCAGUUAUCGGCCAGUAUUUUCUACAGCAUGGAGCUACUUUACUGGAUGGAGGACUCCUCAAAACAACACUCAAUUUGCGGAGAGAUUUCAACACUUGCCUUGUGUUCUGGGAAAAAACGUUUUCACUUCAGGGAAACAUUACUGGGAAGUGGAGAGUAAAGAUAGCCUAGAGAUAGCCGUGGGAGUGUGUCGGGAAGAUGUCAUGGGGAUUACUGAUAAUUCAGAAUUAUCCCCCCAUAUGGGAAUCUGGGUCAUUUACUGGAAUUCAGGUGGCUAUCGGCCUCUAACAAGCCUUCCUAUCAUUCCUGUCAAACAAGAAUCAUCUCUUCACCGGGUGGGAGUUUACCUAGAUCAUGGGGCUGGGAAUGUUUCAUUCUAUAGUGCUGUGGAUGGGGUGCACCUACACACUUUUUCUUUUCCUUUCGUUUCUCGCCUCCGGCCAUUUUUUUGGUUGAGUCCAUUAGCAUCUUUAGUCAUCCCAGUGACUGAUGGGAAGUAAGGCUGUCCUUUCCCUGCCAAAAAAAGUCCCUCUUUAUACCCCAGCAUAGGGACACAGAUCCUUUAGCCCUCUCUUACUUCAUAUGUUUUCAUAUAUCCUGGGUAGUCCUUCAAUAACAUCCGUUCAGAUUCUGACUUCAUGUUCUGUUGGCCUUGUGCAUACACCUAUGUGGCAUAUCUGAUCAGUUGCCUUUCUAGUUUCCAUUCCCCUAGUUCUUACUUUCUCUUCUGAGUCUUUCUAAUUGAAUUUUUUUUGUGUGUUUAUCCUCCAUGUGCUUCAGAGGAGACAAUUUCAUGUAAAGUAGUUGUAGCCAAUGAAAUGGAAUGGGAAAUUUUCCAAGGUGCUCCUGGGGAGUGUUUUUAUAGCUUUAAAAAAAGGUAUUUGGGGAAACAACAGUCCUGCUUCAACAUUAGCAGCUAUAUUGGAACUUAGGAGAUCACAGGGCAGGCAGAAGAAAGGUGGUCUUUGUGUUAUUAGAUUAUUGGAAUUUUCCUAAUCCCACAAUUCUUCUUAAAUGAACUAAUUAUGCCUUUCUUAUAUAAGGCAAUUUUAGUUGCAUUUGUUUUUUUUUGUAGCCUGAAGUACCAUAACUUUUAUUAAGGACACAUAGCAUGGCUAUCCCAUAGUCUUACCUCACUUUUUGAAAUUUGGAAAAUUUGUGGAAUCACUUUCUAUCCAGUCAUGCAGUGCCUCUUUGCAGUAUCCCAACUUUCUGUAUUAGGAAGUUAAGGGAAUUUUCCUUUAUUGUACCCAUACUGCUUUUCCUGUUUUCCCAACCAUGUCUCUGCCCUCAAAUAUUCACUAUGCUGUGCAUCUGUUCAAAUUCACAGAUUGAAUAUACAGUUAUUAAUGUCAUAAUCAAAUGUUGAGAAACACAUAUUUACAUUGUAGUAGCAUCUUUAUAAAAUAGGAAACUAAAAUACCAUUUAAACAAAUGAGAAAACAAACCUUUAGAGUCUUAGCUCGUUGCUCAGCUAGCCAAUGAGUGUUGGGAUCAAAACCAAGGUUUGUCUGAGGUGAAAACUCACACUUUCUACUCUCUGUUUGUAAGCAUUUGUUGACUGCUGAUUGUGGGCCACUAUCAUUUUUGUUUUGGGUUUCAAUUUUGUUAUGUGGUUUUGUCCUGUAUGUAUUUGCUUCACUUUACCUUUAUGCUUUAGAUUGUACAUAGUGAUGAUUGUAACAUUUACUGGGUAGUUAUUUUUUAAAAUAAUGCGUAUUUCUCUUGGAUUACCAAAGUCAUAUGUAUUUACUGUAGAAAAUUUGAAACACAAAAAUGUAAAAAAUAAAGUUCUCCACAAUCGUACUACUACCAAUAUUUUAAUGUAUUUCCCUCCAUACUUUCAAUAAAAAUUUUCUGGCAGUGAUUGAA